AUGCAAGCCGCUCGCAAACUCCAAGCCGUGAAAGUUUUGGUACUGGGAACACCAUUGUGUCGCCGAUUCUCAAGAUCCCAGUAUGUAUCACCGUUUCAGCUCCUGAACGCAAGGAACCAUAGACCGGACUCCCUGAAUGUGAUGGGGGGCAACCACUUCCGUCAGCCUUAUUCUGUAACACAUACCAGAAAGGUUGCUGAUGGAAAUUUACCAACUGAGAAGGCGUCCUUGGCAGAAAGACUACCUUCACGGGUAUCCAUCCCUUUAGACGGGGAGUCUGUUGAAUUUUCAGCUGUACUGCUGCGUGACGCAUGCUCCUGCCCAGCAUGCGUGCACGAGUCUACCAAGCAGAGGCUAUUUUCUACUGCGGACAUACCCUCUAAUGUUCAUGCCCGAGCAGUGGAGGUCGACGCUUCAUCGGAAUCUGCGUCGAUCACAUGGGAGAACGAUGUUCCAGGACAUAGUAAGGAGCACGUUACGGAGCUGAGCAUGGAAGCUCUUCGGGGUAUAGUGCAGUCGGGCCAGGCUCCUGGGUCCCACCAAGACUCGUUCCUGCCUCCGGUUUUGUGGAGCCAAGAGCCUCUUAAUCUGCCAGACUACGACUACGACGCGUACAUGAAAGAUGAUCAUAUGCUGUAUCAACUCAUCAGACAGCUACGCACCGAAGGCCUGGCCUUUGUGACCAGUAUCCCUGGUCGGGAGGAAUCUCUCGCUACCAUUGCGACUCGGAUUGGACCGAUCAAGGAUACCUUCUAUGGCCAAACUUGGGAUGUCCGAACAGUUCCGGCAGCAAUCAAUGCCGCUUACACCUCGCACGAUUUGGAUUUCCACACGGAUUUGCUGUAUUUCCAGCACCCCCCGCAUAUCCAACUUCUGCACUGCAUCCAGUCUGCCUCUUCAGGCGGAGCCAGCGUAUUCGCUGAUGCGUUCAAGGCAGCGGUCGACCUGUUUCACUCGGACACGGACGCCUUCAAUACCCUGGCCACUGUCCCUGUGAACUACCAUUACAACCAUCCGGAUUCAAAUGUGUAUCACACGACCAAACCAGUCAUUGAUCUGAGUCCCCUUCGUAUCGGAGAUACCGUUUACACCCGGUUUCAGGAUUAUCUGAAUGCGAUGAAAUCCCUCCAUGCCGGAGACGCGGGGGUUGAAUGGCAGACAGCCGAGCUAGUUGAAAGUCUGCAGAAAGUCAAUUGGGGCCCUCCAUUCCUCGCACCCUUUUCCAACCACGAAUCUCCAAUGGAUCCGGGAAAUUCCGCUCUCUCGGCGUUAAACAGCAAAGCUGACGAAUGGCACUGGGCCGCGUCGAAAUUCAAUGCUCUCUUACAACGACCAGAGUAUUUGUAUGAGCGCAAGAUGAACCCCGGGGAGUGUGUGUUGUUUGACAAUACACGGACACUGCACUCGCGACGAGCCUUCGACAUGGCAGAUGUGGGAGUGCCCAGAUGGUUGAGGGGAACCUACGUGGACAAAGAUCCCUAUCUGAGCAAGCUGCGUGUGUUACAGAACCAGUUUCGGUAG